ACAGCGGCGGGUGCCGGUGGCGGCACCGGGCCGCCCCCAUGGCGCUGCUCCGCGUCCUCUGCCUUCUCGCUGCCCUCAGACGGAGCCUGGGCACGGACACGGAGGAGCGGCUGGUUGAGUACCUGCUGGACCCUGCUCGCUAUAACAAGCUGAUCCGGCCGGCGACCAAUGGCUCGGAGCUGGUGACCGUGCAGCUGAUGGUGUCGCUGGCGCAGCUCAUCAGCGUGCACGAGCGGGAGCAGAUCAUGACCACAAACGUCUGGCUGACCCAGGAGUGGGAGGACUAUCGCCUCACGUGGAAGCCUGAGGACUUUGACAACAUGAAGAAGGUCCGCUUGCCCUCCAAGCACAUCUGGCUGCCUGAUGUGGUGCUCUACAACAACUCUCUUCACCUCAGUGCCGAUGGGAUGUACGAGGUCUCCUUUUACUCCAACGCGGUGAUCUCCUACGACGGCAGCAUCUUCUGGCUGCCCCCCGCCAUCUACAAGAGCGCCUGCAAGAUCGAGGUGAAGCACUUCCCCUUUGACCAGCAGAACUGCACCAUGAAGUUCCGCUCCUGGACCUACGACCGCACCGAGAUCGACCUGGUGCUGAAGAGCGAGGUGGCCAGCCUGGACGACUUCACCCCCAGCGGCGAGUGGGACAUCGUGGCGCUGCCGGGGCGGCGCAACGAGAACCCCGACGACUCCACCUACGUGGACAUCACGUACGACUUCAUCAUCCGGCGCAAGCCGCUCUUCUACACCAUCAACCUCAUCAUCCCCUGCAUCCUCAUCACCUCCCUGGCCAUCCUCGUGUUUUACCUCCCGUCCGACUGCGGCGAGAAGAUGACGCUCUGCAUCUCUGUCCUGCUCGCCCUCACCGUAUUCCUCCUGCUCAUCUCCAAGAUCGUGCCACCCACCUCACUGGACGUACCACUGGUGGGCAAGUACCUCAUGUUCACCAUGGUGCUGGUGACCUUCUCCAUCGUCACCAGCGUCUGCGUCCUCAACGUGCACCACCGCUCGCCCACCACGCACACCAUGCCGCCCUGGGUCCGCACCCUCUUCCUGCACAAGCUCCCGGCUCUGCUCUUCAUGAAGCAGCCGCGGCAGAGCUGCGCCCGCCAGCGCCUGCGCCAGCGCCGGCACACGCAGGAACGCGCCGCCGCCGCCGCCGCCACGCUCUUCGUGCAGGCCGGGGCUCACACCUGCACCUGCUACGCCAACCCCAGCGCCGCCAAGGCUGCCGAGGGGCUCAACGGGUACCGGGAGCGGCAGGGGCAGGCGGCGGGCCCCGGGGCGGGCUGCGGCUGCGGGCUGGAGGAGGCGGUGGACGGCGUGCGCUUCAUCGCCGACCACAUGCGCAGCGAGGACGACGAUCAGAGCGUGAGCGAGGACUGGAAGUACGUGGCCAUGGUCAUCGACCGCCUCUUCCUAUGGAUCUUCGUCUUCGUCUGUGUCUUUGGCACCAUUGGCAUGUUCCUGCAGCCCCUCUUCCAGAACUACACCACCAACUCCCUGCUGCAGCUCGGCCAGGGCACCCCCACCUCCAAAUAGCAUGGGGAAUGGCCAGUCCCAGGGCCAGAGAGAUGGUACUGGGCUCAGGCAGCCCCUGCAAACCAAUAAAUACUCCCACAGGAGCGGG